AUAAUGCAAUAACAUGGUAACAUGCUGAGGUUAAGAUUACUCAUGAAGAAAUGUUAUGAAGUCUUCCAGCGGCAAUCUGAGCAUUUGUCAGACUUGUGUAUAUUUGCAAGUAUGGGACUCCUCUUUCAAGCCUGUGCAGUUAUCCUUAUCUUGAGUGACCUCUUGGACUCGCAUCAACUUGUGCAAAGUCUGGAAGUCUCUGUCAAUGUUACAGUAGUCAAUUUUGAUAAUGAAUGGAUACAGAUGACAUGGGCCGCUAUUGAAAAUUUUCCUGGCAAGAAUGUGACUUUCCUCUAUCAAUAUGACAAAGACCCUUGGAAGCAAUGCCCCAGCUAUUUACUGGACCAAGGUUACAAUGAUGGAUGUCUGUUUAAGACAGAGAAGCGAUCCCUUGCCAUGUCUAUUAAGGAUAAGAAUGGAAGCGAAGAACUUUUCCACAAAAAAAUACAAACUGAUUUUUUUAUAAAACCUAGUCCACCUGAAAAUGUAACCUUCCUUUGGAAAGACGAUAGAGUUACUGUCACCUGUAGCAAACCAAAGACGCUAAAGCGGUGCUUGAAGCUUGAAUUUCAAUACAGAAGCAAGUUUGAUAUGGAGUGGCAGUCUAGAAAAUCUCCGUGUUGUAGUCUUGAAGAUCAAGGAUUUGAUCCAGAGAAGUGCUACUCCUUCCGGGUCAGACUGGAAAGGCUAUAUCCCACCUGCAAUGUAGUUCAUUAUGCCAGUGAAUGGGGAGCUGUAACAUUUUGGAGUAAUGGUAAAAUGUUAGGUUCAUGUGCUGAUGAUAUAAAACGUUUGUCAGAUGCCAUAAUCCUCUUAAUAUUUUUUCUGGUGAUCUUUCUCAUAAUAUUCAUCCUCCUGAUUUUUCUGUGCAAAUGGCAAAGAUUUCAGAAGUCAAUCAUGCCAGUGAUACCAGAUCCAAAAUAUAUAUUUACUGACCUCUUCACUGAUCACAAUGGAAAUUUACAGGAAUGGUUUGACAAAACGGAGAAUGCAAUGGUCCAAGCAAAGAUGGAAUGUGAAGAGCAAGAGUGCAUCAUUGAGGAGGAAAGAGUGCAAGAGAAAAAGAAGGAUGUUAAAGGGGAAGCUAAACAAAGGCUUUGUGAGUUGCCAAACAUGCAUGAAAGAGAUUAUCUAAAUUCUGUUCAAAACACCUGCCUACCACCAACAUCCAGUGAUAUGGUUUCUUUGGAGAGUUUUAAGUUUUUAAUGAAUGAAGACAUGUAUGUCAUGUUAUGAAACUGCUUGCUCGGAAAGAACAUAAAGUACAGAGGAUCCUGAUAAGUUUAAAGAGGCAAUUGAAUACCAUUACAUGUUAGGUUUGUUUAGUAGGAAAGGUUAAGCUGUAAUUUUGAUCUGAAUCUGAACUUUCCCAGUGCUUCAAAACGAACGAUGCAGGCUUAUUGAUAAAGCUAAGGGCAUUAUAGUCAUAUAUUUAGGCAUGCUUAGUUUCUGGUUUUAGUUGGGCCCCUGUAGGCUAAAUUGAGUUCCUGCUUCAUGAUGUGGACAGGAAUAUUGAAGGAGUCUCCUUCACCCAUGGUGCAUACCUACAGAGGUUGGACGUGCUUCUGGUCCUAGCACUUAGAGAAUACAUGGAUUUCAUACAGGUGGUGCAGGUACCAGACUGGCCCAUCCAAAUGGACAGGAAGGGCAUAUCUGCACCAUCAAAGAAGCUUACUAGGGAGUUCCACAGUAAAGCAUGUCAUGCGCAUUACACCCCAAAGCAGAUAUAAUGUGGGUCCCUUGGUUUAAUGCUGGACAUCUUGGAGAGCUUAAUGCCAUGCAUCUAUGGCAUUUACUAAGGCAGCUAUAUCACAUCUGUUUCAGCGUGUAGCCUCCAGAGCAAGAAUGGAGUGCUUUAGUAUGGCUCCACAAGAGGUAAAGCUACUAAUGACUUGUCCUUACCCCAUCAUCUGCUAACCCCCUUUUAAAGGGUAUACAAGCAGCUCACAUUUCACUCCAGGGGUGUAUCCCCAUGAAUGGGAAUGUGCGUUUCCCUGGGGACAGACAGCAGCAGCACAAGGUGUGCCACUGCUACUUGUCUCUGGGGAA